UUCGGUCACCCGCCAAUUGGGGACCUCGUUGUGGUGAGGAGGAGCAGAGUUGUUAGCAACAUCAUGGCGGCGUCUGCUCGAUCUCAGGUGAUCUCUCUGUACAGAAACAUGCUGAAAGAGAGUCAGAAGUUCCCGUCCUACAACUACAGGACCUACGCACUGCGGCGUGUGCGCGAUGCCUUCAGGGACAACAGGAACGUGGAGGAUCCAAAGAUUGUGGACACGCUGAUGGAGGAGGGACGGCAGACGCUGGCGCUCAUACAGAGACAGGUCUCCAUCGGGAAGAUGUACGCCGCUCAGAAGAUCGUGGUGGAGUAACCAAACACUGCCCUGACACCUUCAUCCCCACCGCCGCCAUCAUCAUCACCACCUCCUCCCUCUUCAGCCCUGAUCCCCCGUCACCAGGUGGAGGGAGAGGUGCAUUCUGGGAGAUGUAGGACAGUUUAGCUUCAGUUCUCGGGGGAUGCGACGCUCUGGUGUGUCGGUGGUAGAGAUUGGAUUCAUCCCUCGCUCUUUAUCUGUAUUUGUCUUCUUACGCACAAUCCAUCACAUCCGGGAGUCGAAGCGGAGCACCCGCCGCCGAGGCCGCUCCGACGCCGAGCCCAAGACCUAGCAUAGAGCGAGUUUACGUGAAAUUAAAGCUGCUCUGUCGCUUUAAAUCAGGUUGCUUGUGAUGAAGAAGCAGCUGCUGGUUGGAUUUCCUUGAUGUUUUACCUCUUAACAGGAAGUCUGUCAAACUGAUGAUUAAACUGCCCAAUGGGA